UUUUCUCUAUUAUUAAGUUCGCCAUGGAAGUCUAUAAGACUAUAACUGAGUUUUUCGCAUUAAAGACUUGAGAUUUGAAUAUUAGGGGUUCAUUUAACAGUUAGCAGUGGUGAAUUAAAGCCAAGAAUGAUCGAGAAGAAGAGGGUUCAGUUCCUCAUCGCCGUCGUUGUCAUCGCUGUUCUCAGUAUCACCGCUGAAAAAUGUAGGGAAGUAGUUGGUAAAGAGGCUGCGUCCAAAAGUGGGGACUUUAAUAUCUUGAACUGCUUAGAUGGGGGCAGUGGAACCUUAGCAUGUGUUGUCAAGGAGGGUGUAAAGCUGUACUUUUAUAAUAUCAGAGGCUCUCACAUUGAGAGAGCGAGGAAUAUAGCAAUUGAAAGUGCUCUGGCUGACGCCAUAUCCCAAGGCAUGGUUGCGAAGGAAGCAGCUAAACUAGCUCAGAAAGAAGGAGCAAAAGCUGCCAAACUGGCAAAACGACAAGCCAAGCGAAUUAUUGGUCCUAUCAUUUCCUCGGGAUGGGAUUUUUUUGAAGCACUUUACUUGGGGGGUACAAUGACCGAAGCAUUCCUAAGGAGCUCGGGAACGUUGGUUGGCACUUAUUAUGUUGGCUUUCUAGGGGAGCAGAGCUUAGGAAGGAUUGGCUAUUUGGUUGGAAGUGAGCUGGGUAGUUGGGUUGGAGGGAGAGUUGGUCUGAUGCUUUAUGAUUUGGUUCAUGGAAUGGAAUAUGUUCUUGAGGCUCUCAAUCUGAAGGAACCGGAAGCCAGUGAACCAGUAUAUGAAACUCCUGCAUCUGAAUCAAAGGAAACUGAAGCCAGUGCAACUUCUUCAGUUGAGGUUAUCAAACAAGUUUACGAGACUGCGUCUCAGAUUAUUGAAGAUUUCAAUAACAAUGAAACACCUCCAGAUGAAGCUGAGGUUCUUAAACAAGUUUAUGACACUGCAUCUAAAAUUCUUGAAAACUUGAACAAUGACGAAACGCCUACAGAAGUGGACUCAGAAGCUUCUGAAGAGUCAUCAGCCAGUGAAGAGUUUUAAGUCAGGUAAACACCAAUGCCCUCAAACCUCUCGCCGGCUAGACUACUUUAAGAUUUCUUCGUAUUAUUCAUCUUAGACCUGCUCUUUGUUGUCUGGUUAUUUGUACACACUUUGAAUCAUGCCCCCUUGUAAAAGAACAGUUUCAUAUGUUUUCACAUUACACUCAUAAUGUCACAUUUGUGUACGAGGUAAAAAUCAAUGAACCCUAGGACAAUGUUAAUACACAACUUUCUUUUGAAUGGUGGCAUACCUCUAAA